UAUAACCCCAUCAUAAGUCUGUAGAAUCGUCACCUCAUCAUUAUGCCAUCCAAGACUCCUCAAAUAACGUUACAUCACCUGAACAAGAGCCGGAGCGAGCGAUUGUUCUGGCUAUGCGAGGAACUCGAGCUACCGUACGAAGUGAAGGUAUGGCUACGAAAGCCCAUCCGAGCACCAUCCGAGCUCAAGACCAUACAUCCUCUCGGUAAAGCUCCGGUCAUGACGGACGGCGACCUCGUCAUCGCUGAAAGCGGAGCGAUAGUCGACUACAUCCUCAAUACCUACUCUCCCACCCCACCCGCUUAUUCUCUGCAUGACUCUUACUUCUCGCACUACGCCGAGGGGAGCUUGACGUUGUUCUUGCAGAUGGGGAUCACUUUCACGGGGUCGGCGAGCAUGGCACCUUGGUACAUCAAGCCGGUCAUUGAUGGUUUUGUCGGGAAAGUGAAGGCGGGCUACGUAGAUGGGCAGAUCAAGAUGCAUUUCAACUUCCUGGAAGAAGAACUGGGUAAAUCGCCUACGGGUUGGUUCGGGCAUAAAGAAGAACCGAGCGCUGCCGACUACAUGCUCCUCUACCCGAUAAACACCGUCAUUUCUGACCCUUCCCGCGUGUCCGGCCUGACCGUGGGGCCUCGUCUACAAGAUUGGAUGCAAAGGGUGAAAUCGCGGCCGGCUUAUCAGCGAGGCUUUGAGCGAUUGAAGGAAGAGGAGAGGAAGGCCAAGGAGGAAAAAGAGAAGGUUGAGGGUGGGGAACAGACUGUUGCUGUGGAGCAGGCUGGGAGUGGGACUGCGAGUACCAUGAAGAGCAAACUAUGA